UUUCUCUCGGGCAGCACAGACAGCAGUUCAGAGGUCACCCGCCUUCUGUCCUGCCCCCAUGAGGCUCGGUUCAUCCGCAUUAACCCACUCACAUGGCAAGGUCAUCCCGCUCUGGCCUUUGACCUCCUGGGCUGUCCAAUCGGAAACGAACAGAGGAGCUGCAAGCCAUUAUCUCCUCCUCCUUUCGGAGUUGUGAAUUGUGAAGUCGACGGUGGUCAAAUCGGGCUUCUGUAUGGAGACAGAGGAGGACUGCCUGAACAUAGAGAAUGGAGACUAUCAGUACUGCGGGGACUGUCAUUACUUCAGUACUUGCUCUCACGGCUACCUGUACGUCCGCACAUGUCCGGCCUCGCUACAAUUCGACUCCAUUAACCGGUUAUGUGACUACAAGUCCCGGACCUGCACCAGCAAAAACCGACGCCUGUGGCUGGCCGAGAGGCGCAUGCGCCAAAAGAUGGCGGCUGAUGACGCCAAGGUCAAGGCUGAGUUGGCUGGUCUUUAAGAGAUUUGGGGCAUGUUUUGGCUAGUUUUUGGUUUUUGUUUUUUGUUGUGUUUUUUUUGCUUGCUUUUUAAAAUAAUUAUGUUGCUUUUUUGUCUAACACUUUCUCAUAUUUUGGCUUCCUGUUUGGUCUUUUGAGAUUUUGACACAUUUUGUUUCUUUUUUUUUUUCGUUUGUUUGUUUUUGUUCUGACCUUAUCUUGUGGUGUCUUUCUUGGUCUUUAAGAGAUUUUGACACAUUUUCCCAAUGUUUUUGUUUUCUUUUGUGUUUACGUAUUAUUGUUUUUAGUGUGCUGAUAAUCAUCUGCUUUAUUGAGAAUUGGGUCAAUCAUAAACGAAUAAUAGUCACUAUUGUCGUGUUCCCAGAAGAUGCAAGAACUAAUCAUACCUUUAAUGUUAUUUACUAAGAACAACAAUUAAAUAAAAGACACACCAAUCCACUUCUAAUGUUUGGAAUUAAGCUAUAUUUUCCAGGGUCGAAGAGAACUUUUGGCUAGAAUUUUGAUCAACUCAGUUGAUCAAGACGUACACUUCUGUGUUAAUAACAAUAUCCUUUUGGUAUUUUGUGAUUCUCUGAUCCGCUUUUUCCCAUACACCUCAAACUUCAACAAUCUUGUCCAACCAUAAUAGUUUGUGUCCUCUGUUAAAGGAAGUUACAAGCAACCCCACCUUUUGCACCCCCCCC